UCAUUUCACAUUUUCACUAUCUCUGCCUCUGUGCCUCGCCCUCUCCGCCUCACUCAAGUUCACACUCUCUGCCUCUCCGCCUCGCCCUCUCCGCCUCACUCUCACUCGCACGCCACGCCCACGCCUCUCAAACAUUUUUUUUUCCUUCUCAUCCUCACGGGUCUGGUCUCUGAAGUGCUGGGUUUUUUUUUAUUCUUUUUGAGUUUUUUGACUUUUUUCCUUCUCGUUCUCGGUCUCGCCCUCGCCCUCUAAAGUGCUCUGCUCUCUGCUUCUCGGCUUCAUCAGGUUCUCCGUUCCUUGACUUCACUGGAAUCUCCAUUCAUUUCUCGGCUUCAUCUUAGGUUCUCCGUUCUGUGACUUCACUGUCUCUUGCACCAUGUCGAGGGCGAAGGGGAAGGAGGUCGCCAUUUCUGGACUUUCUUGGUCUGAGUUGAAGCAGCGAACCAAUGAAAGGAACACAGAGAAGUGGGAAAAAAUGGAAAAGGAAAAAGAGAAGGAAAAAAUAAAAAUAGAGGAACAAAAAAAGGAGAGACAAGAAAGAUACUUGAGAAGGACGCAAGAGCAGCAGACGCAAGAGCAGCAGCACGUGCUACACAUGCUACAGAAUUUGAAGAUGCAAGAGGAGCAUGUGCCACUGGAUUGGGAGAUAAAGGAAUUAGAAGAAGAAUGUAAGUUGAUACGGGAACGGACUAUAUUGGCACAGAGAAAGAAAGUGGAGGUCGAGGAGAAAGCUCUUAAAUUGAAUCAGACAUUGGAGCUUUUAAAAGCUGAGAGGGUGGUGCAGGAGAAAAUUAAGAAGGAAGACCUGCAAUUAAUUAUGGAAUUAAAAGGCAAAGUUCGCGUUUUUGUUCGAGUGCGCCCUUUGCCCCCUGAUGAGGCUGCAGAAAGAGUUAAAAAUUUGAUUACCUUCUCUAAAGCAAUCAAAGCUGGUGGCCAGGGCGUUGACUUGCAUCUUAAAGGAAAAGUAUAUCAUUUCACAGUUGAUGAGAGAUUUUCUGAGGAUGCUUCCCAAGAAGACAUUUACAAAGAAAUAUCCCCGCUGGUGCAGACCGCACAUGAUGGCUUUAAGGUUUCCAUCUUCGCUUAUGGCCAGACGGGGUCUGGUAAAACGCAUACCAUGGUGGGCAGCCAAGAAGACUUUGAGCAGAGGGGGCUUAUACCACGUUCAUUAGAACAGGUUUUUGACACCGGUCAAUUCCACAAAAAGAGUGGUUGGACAUACAAAGUGGAGGUUUCAAUGGUUGAACUAUCCAGACAUGGAUAUUUCGAUUUGUCAUCAAAAAGGGACAAAAUUGAAACUCCAAUUCUUUCAAAAAAAGUUGAAGUUUCGUGUUCGAAAGAUGCUUUACAACAUUUCCGGAUGGCUAUAGCAAGAAGGUCUAAGCGUAGUAUGAAGAUGAAUGAUGCGUCAUCAAGGAGUCACUUCUUUUUUACAGUAUACAUACGCGGUAAAAAUGAGGAUCCCAUGCUUACAUCCGAGGGAGUGUUACACUUUAUUGAUCUGGCUGGGAGUGAGCCAAUGGACAGCACUUACCAUUCGCAACUGGACAAUCCUAAUGUUGAUUCGUAUGAAGAAUCUAAGUUUAUCAAGGGUUCCCUUUUCGAUUUGGGUCAAGUGUUGAGAGACGUGGUGGCAAAGCCGGUUGGUGCACAAGUUUUCUAUAAGCAGCGGCUAUUUAAAUAUUUGCAGUAUUACCUUGAAGGUUCAAAGAUCGUGAUGUUUGCUAACGUCUCCUCCUCAGCUGCUUCUAUUAUAAGAUCAAAGGAUACACUGAAUUUUGCUAAUGAAGUUAGCGGGCGACAGUCGAAAAUUUCAAAUGUGGCCUGAGCUUAUUUGUCAAAUAUUCAUCAGCAAGCAGGGUCCCUUUUGUCCAAUAGGCAGGCAGCUUGGAGUGUUUGGUCUCCAUUUAAUCUAGAAAGUCUGACAUUAAAACUAGACCACAAAUCUUGAUUCUUUUGGUAUUUAAUCUUGUUUUUCCUUGGAACUCUUUCUUGUCCGCAUCACAAGCUCAAUUGAGAGGAACCUUUGUUUGCCUUCAGGCAUCCCGAAAUUAACAAUGUACUGAAAUUUAUUUCAGCAUAUUUUUUGAUAGGUAACUGUAAAAAUUUUACUAGAAAGAAAAACAACCCCAGUGCACUGGCGUUCUUUA